UUUUUAAUGAAUAUCGAAGAAAAGUUUUUAAAUCGAAAAGAAAUAAAAUAUGAAAAGUUUUUAAGGGAAAAGAACGAGUCAACACUGCGAUAAAGAAUCAUGUGCCGGCUAUAGUAUUCUACAACUUGUAUAUUAAAAUAGCAUUGAAUCUUGGUACAUGCAUGCUGUUCCUAUAAUUUAUUCUAGAUUUACAUAUGCCGAGAGAGUGGGGGGGAAAACCAGGAGCGGUGAUGGGGUUUGGUUGUAUGUUUAGGGAGCUUGCUGUGUUUGCAGUUUUGGUAACAAUUAUGGCAACUUCAGUAGCAGCCCAAGCAAAACCUGGAUGUCAAAGCAACUGCGGAAACAUAAGCAUCCCAUACCCAUUUGGUACAGCCAAUGGUUGCAACAUUAGCAGCCACUUUUUCAUUCGUUGUAAUACCACUUUAAAUCCCCCAAAAGCAUUCUUAGGCUACGGUGAUCUAGAAGUUCUUGACAUCUCUCUGGAUGGCUCUUUGCGCGUUAGUUAUAGUUACUUAAUAGGUCAUGACUGUUAUAAUUCAUCAGGGCGUAGUUUAUAUCCCCAAUUGUUGUUCUCGUUUUCGGAAUAUUUUACCAUAUCUCAUACCAGAAACAAGUUCACUGCCAUCGGUUGUGACACUAUAGCCUACAUCGAGGCUUUCUUCGAACCUGACUCUUCAAACAGUAUUUCAAAAAAAAACUUUUCAACCGGAUGUUUAACAUUUUGUGGUGACGCGGGCGAUGUAAUAAAUGGAUCUUGCUCCGGCAUUGGCUGCUGCCAGACGGCUAUUCCUCGAGGAUUGAACUGGUUUUACUUCAAUUUCAGUAGCCCUCGGAAUCACUCCCACGUGUUGAGCUUCAAUCCUUGCAGCUAUGGAUUUCUUGUUGAAGAUGGAGCCUAUAAGUUCCACGCAUCAGAUCUUUGGGACACAAAUUUCGGCAAAAAUGUUUACCCGGUUAUUCUUGAUUGGACAAUCGGGAAUCAAACCUGUGAACAAGCUAAAAUGGAUCCAAAAAGUUAUGCUUGCAAGCAAAAUAGUGAUUGUACAGUUCCAGAAAAUGGCCCUGGAUAUUUGUGCAAGUGUAAUCCUGGUUUUCAGGGUAAUCCUUACCUCUCAUACGGCUGCCGAGAUAUUAAUGAAUGUGAGACACAGAAGCCUUGCUAUGAAUUUGGAACAUGUCAUAAUACACCUGGAAGCUACAAUUGUUCAUGCCCUGAAGGGUUCGAGGGUGAUGGCCGGAAAAAUGGAACAGGUUGCCAUCCUAUAUUCAAGCCGCAGGACCGUGAGAGUUUUCUCAUUCUUGUUGUUACACUAGGUAUUGGCUUAAGUACAGGGUUGCUGUUUCUAACUGCUGGGGUUUGGUGGUUUUGUAAGAUACUGCAGAAAAGAAAGUACAUAAAACUUAAACAAAAACUUUUUGAAAGAAAUGGUGGACUGUUGCUUCAGAAAAAGAUGUCUUCAAAUGAAGGUGGUCUGGAUAAAGCUAAACUCUUCAGUUCCAAAGAGUUGGAAAUAGCUACCGAUCAAUAUAAUGAGAACAGAAUAUUGGGUUGUGGUGGUCAAGGCGUGGUUUAUAAAGGAAUGUUGUCUGAUGGGAGAAUUGUUGCAGUAAAGAAGUCCAAGACUGUAAACGAAGGGUAUCUUGAACAAUUUAUCAAUGAGAUCUUUAUUCUUUCUCAAAUUGAUCACAGAAAUAUUGUCAAGCUAUUAGGCUGUUGCUUGGAGACCGAAGUGCCCCUCCUUGUUUAUGAGUUCAUCCCUAAUGGAACCCUUUCCCAUCUCAUUCAUGACCAAAAUGAAGAGUACCCGAGGUCGUGGGAUACACGAUUACGCAUUGCAGCGGAAGUUGCAAGUGCAAUUUCUUACUUGCACUCAUCUGCAUCCAUCCCCAUUUAUCACCGAGAUAUCAAGUCUAGUAACAUACUACUAGAUGAAAAGUUCCGAGCAAAGGUAUCAGACUUCGGAACAUCUAGAUCAAUCAGCAUUGAUCAAACUCACUUGACGACUCAAGUGCUUGGGACUUUUGGAUACUUAGAUCCUGAAUAUUUCCAGUCAAAUCAAUUUACUGAAAAGAGUGAUGUUUAUAGUUUCGGGGUGGUUAUUGUUGAGCUCUUAACUGGUAAAAAGGCAGUCUCGACAUUUGGAUCGCAAGAAAAGAGAGGCUUAGUCUCGUAUUUUAUGUCGUCGAUGGAAGAAAACCAUCUACUGGAUAUUGUUGAUGCUGAAAUUGGGAAGGACGAUCAAAAGGAUGAAGUAGUAGCGGUUGCUGAAAUUGCGAAAAGAUGCUUGAAUUUAGAUGGGAGAUAUAGACCAACAAUGAAAGAAGUGGCCAUGGAACUCGAGAGACUUAGAUCUCGACAAGGUGACAGCAUCCCCAUUGAUCAGCUUAAACAAGCUGAGGUCGUUGUAAGAAAAUCGACUGAGAGUUGGGAUUUCACUUCAUUCUCAACGGAGCAUUAUCCAAAUUGCAGCAUGACAUCUACAUCAGAAUCAGAUGUUCAUCCACUUAUGUUGGAAUCCAGUUUAGUACAAGAUCUCUAAGUUUCUAUUCUGUUUUCUGCCCUAUGGCUCUGACCUUAAUUUGUUCAUAAAAUUGAAGGUUCAAGAAAAACCGUUGUUACUGACAA